AUGGACGCCGAACCAGCAACCCCAUCCCUACCAGGAAAUCUGCCCCCCGAAAUCUGGCAUCACAUCGUAACCUUCCUCUUCUGGACCGACCGCACCGCCCUGAAAGCCCUCGCGCAGACCAGCCAAGCGCUGUACCCCGUCGCCGCAUCAGCCCUAUUCCGGACCCUGCAUUUCGCGUUCAACGGCGGGAUGGAUUGGGCGCGAAAGGAGGCGAAACGCCCGUGGUCCGCGCCCGAUCCGCCCGUGCGGUGCUGCGCGUUUGUGCGGGCGAUCGUCGUGACGGGCCACCAGCCGUAUGGGUGGUUUGGUGGCAACUUCGACGUCAUGUCGGAUGCCCAGGAGGCGAUGCUCUGGUGGUACGAGACGUACAUGCCCGGGGUGAUUCUCCGGCGCCUCUACGAGGUCUCCCCGGCGACGGAGGUGCAUAUCCUCAGUUCCCAGGUCGCGCUGACCCAGAGGAUACACCUGCAUCAGCCGAGCCGGGGGGCUCCGCAGCUCGCGUGUCUCCGGUCUGUCGCGGCGGAGUGGUUCCGCGGCGAGUAUGAUCCGGUCCCAGAUCGGGGCCGGGGGAGGGGGAGGGGGAGGGGAAGGGGGAGUGUGCACCGCCCGGCGUCGUUAAAGGAACUGAUUGUUCGGAGUCCGCGGCUGACGCAUCUGUCGCUGACAGGACGGUCGACGUGGCGACGGGGGCAGCGCUGGGCGAACGAGGCGCCUGGGAAGGAGGAGGAAGAAACAGCGGCCGAGAUCGAGGAACGAGGGCUGAUCACGCUGGAGGACGGGGAUCGGCUGCCGGAGACGCUGGCGCAUCUCGCGUUCCGGGGGAUGCGGUUCGGCGCCGCGCAGAGUCGUCUCUGGGCGACGCAGUUGCGCUGCGAGGGCGUGCGGUCCCUCUCGUUCGUUGCGGUGGACUGGAUUCACCUCCUGCCUGCUCUCAGCGGGGGAGCUCAGCUGCGCGAGCUGGUCUGGCUCGAGCUGGACAUGCCGCGGUUCACGAACAGGGGAAGAAGAAUCAAUCCGGAGGCGGCGCGACACCGCGCCGGGCUGCUGGAGGCCUUCCUCCGGACACUGCCCCGCUCGCUGCGCACCUUUAUCGGAGUGGACCUGCCUGCGGACGCGGUUGCGGUGGUGGCCGAGGCGCACGGGGCGGGCCUGCAGCAUCUGCGCCUGAGGACAUCAUCGUCGUCCCGCGAUGCAGCGACUCUCCCGCCAGCCCAGCUGCAUCGACUCCCCGAGGAAUUUCCCAACCUCCGGUCUCUGGGCUUGUUUCUCCCCUCCUCGCAGUGUGACAGUGACAUUGACGGCCUCCUCAUCCCGCUCCGCCGUCUCCCGCACCUCCACCAUCUGGAGCUGAAUUUCCCUGCUCGACAGUCUGUCCCGCGCCCCGACCAAGGGCCUGCCAAUAACGACUCCCUCAACAUCGAUUCUAGCAAUAUAUCCAACCUUUUCCACCGUCUCGAUAUCCCGGAUGGCCCACACCUGCGCUCCUGCCACAUCCUGCACGGGGACUGGAAUAGUCUCGACCACCCGCCCUACCACAGCAGCCAGCACGACGCGAUCCUCGUUGCCGAACGCGACCGCGCCGGGUAUAUCCAAGCCUCCCGACUGCCGCGGUGGCGAAGGGCGCCCGGGUAUCACGCUCUGUACGGCACGCCGACUUCCUCCGUGAACCUGGUGGGUCGGACGCUGGAGGUGGGGGGCUGGCCGGGGAUGGCCGGAGAGGCGGAGGCGGGGCUGACGACCACGGCGGUCGCGGUGGAUAUGGGAUGGGGGGUGAGGGAUGCUUGGUGGGGGAGACGGUAG